AAGAGCCGCGAGGAGCCGACCGCGCCGCCGCUGAAGCCGCGCCUGCCGAAAUCCCGGGAGGGAGGGAGGGAGGAGGCCAGCGGGGAGGGUUGUUGCACCCCGCUCUGCGUCGCUGAUUCUUGCAGGGCUGCUGCUGGAGUGGUCUUUGCCGCGAUGAAGCGCCCUUGCGAGGAGACGACCUCCGAGAGCGACAUGGACGAGACCAUCGACGUGGGGAGUGAGAACAAUUACUCCGGGCAAAGUACUAGCUCUGUGAUUAGAUCGAAUUCUCCAACAACAACAUCUCAGAUUAUGGCAAGAAAAAAAAGGAGAGGGAUUAUAGAGAAAAGGCGCCGGGAUCGGAUAAAUAACAGUUUAUCUGAGUUGAGACGACUGGUGCCAACUGCUUUUGAAAAACAAGGAUCUGCAAAGCUAGAAAAAGCUGAAAUAUUGCAAAUGACAGUGGAUCAUUUGAAGAUGCUUCAGGCAACAGGGGGUAAAGGCUACUUUGACGCCCAUGCCCUUGCCAUGGACUUCAUGAGCAUUGGAUUCCGAGAGUGCCUGACAGAAGUGGCCAGGUAUCUAAGCUCUGUAGAAGGCCUGGACUCCUCAGACCCACUGCGCGUGCGCCUCGUCUCUCAUCUCAGCACUUGCGCCUCCCAGCGGGAGGCAGCCGCAAUGACAUCCUCAAUGGCCCACCAUCAUCACUCCCUUCAUCCACAUCACUGGGCAGCAGCCUUCCACCAUCUUCCUGCGGCCCUGCUCCAACCCAACGGACUCCAUGCUUCGGAGUCAACACCCUGUCGCCUCUCCACAACUUCAGAAGUGCCUCCUGCCCAUGGCUCGGCCCUCCUCACAGCCACAUUUGCCCAUGCAGAUUCUGCCCUUCGAAUGCCAUCAACCGGCAGCGUUGCCCCUUGUGUGCCACCUCUCUCCACCUCUCUCUUGUCCCUCUCAGCUACCGUCCAUGCCGCGGCUGCAGCAGCCACCGCAGCUGCACACAGCUUCCCUCUGUCUUUUGCAGGAGCAUUUCCCAUGCUCCCCCCAAAUGCAGCUGCAGCAGUGGCAGCAGCAACAGCAAUCAGCCCACCCUUAUCAGUGUCAGCCACGUCCAGUCCCCAGCAGACGAGCAGCGGAACAAACAGUAAACCUUACCGACCCUGGGGACAGAAGUUGGAGCCUUUUAAGUUAUCCUUGAACUUCUUGCAAUUGUAACUGAAUGUCCUUCAUUUCAGAGUCAGCUUAAAACCUCUGCAUCAUGAAGGUAGCCAUACAGAUGCCUACAGCUCCACAAAGGAACAAUAAAGCUAUUUGAGUCACAAACCUCAUGAGUGGAAA